AGAUGCUUAACAUGUGAUUUUUUUUUCUUUCUUUCUUUAUAAAGAGGGAAAUUGCAUAUGAAAAAAUUGUGCUUGAAAUUGGCAGGAGUUGCCUUAAAUCGAGUUUUAUAUGCCAGACUUUGGGCUUGAAAAUGUUAACUCUCUCGCCACUUGGGUUCAGCACAGAGUCAGAGCGCUGCCUGCUCCUAUGGGCAGAGCUGCACUGUCUUCCACUGGCAGAAAACUCUCCUGGCCAUUCAACUAGAUUGAAUACCUGGUACCAUUUUUCUUGCAUGCAGAUAACUUGCCUUCUUUGGAGUCCUCUCUUUCAAGCUUGGAAGCCAAGCUAAUUUCUAAGGGGCAUCGCCUUCUCUUUCUUUACCCUUUUGAGAAGAUUUCACCCUUUCAUGAGCCAUCAGCACGCAGCCUACAGAAAUCCAGGAUAGAAAUAUCAUGUAUCAUCUCUAAUUUUUUCAUCGCAGACUUUAACAUUAAACUCAGUAAUUACAUUAAAAUAAAAGUACCUUUAUCUUUACCUUUUAAAAGUAAUAUACUGGUUCUCCUUUUUUACUAUUUUAAGCAUACUGUAUAUCCUAUUUUUUAGCAAAGUGCUGGUGGUGAAAGAGUUAAGUCUAUCUCAGUGUUAUAAAAGUAAGUGAUCCUGUAUUCAUCUGACCGGAGAUGUACAGUACUGGAGACAUUUCAGACUCUUAGACCACUGCUGUAAAGUACUGAAGGAUUUAAUUUUAAGAUAUAAUAUAGCUAUUAAGCCUUUUCAGUACUGGGAUAUUCAGUCCCUCCCAGAAGAAGAGUGAUGAACUGUGAUCAUAAACAGUUUAAUUUAAUCUGACCUCAUUUCAGAUGUGUCUUAUUGCUUUAAGGUUAGUAAUUUUUCAUGAUAUUUAUCUUUUCAAAACCAUUAUCUAUAAGUCUUCAUUAUCCAAGUUCUUAAUUAGCUCUGUCAGUGUUUUAGGUAAAAAAAAAAAAAAAAAGAAAGAAAACCCAAAAGGAUGUUAAUCCCAAAGUCUAAGUGUAUUUGAUGUUCUCUCAAGUUCUUUUUGUAAACAGCAUGAGCAGAGGAGACUGUGCCUCUGAUGCGAGUCAGGUAGUAAGGCCACUCGGCAGUCCUGCCUCAUAUGAAACACGUAUCGCCAGACAAAGCAUCUGACUAUUUGGAGGGUGGUUCUGUAUUCUUGAGAAUCCAGAGUGAAUUAAAGUCUAGACUCUGUCAUUUUUUCAGGCUGUCGGGAAGGGAUAAAUAACAAAUCAGAUAUGCCCAAGAUAGAAUAGAGGUAACGCUGAAGCAAGGAUGCUCUUGCUGGUUUGUGCAUUGGGAAGAAAGCUGUAAUAGCAGCAGCAGCAGCAAUAACAACAGCAGCAGCGGCGGCAGCAGCAGCAAGAGACCUUUGGAAAGCCGGGUGUUGCAGUAGUCUGAGAGAUAAAGAUCCUGUUACGUCUCUCGUCUUUCAUAAGUUCAGAAUGGUUGAUACAAACCUUAUGCCACGUGUAGCAAAAGAUGUAUAUGAAUACAGAAUUUGCUUUGUAAUAGCUGGAUGCUGAGGAAAUAAAAGACGUGCCUCUGGGUUUUUGUUGUUGGGCUUUUUUAUGCCUUUUUUUUUUUUUUAAUCAUCUGAAAGAGAAGAGAUUGAUUUACUCAGAGAAAGUAAGUUUCAUCUGUCUUCAAGCUAAUUUAAAAGGACAGCUUGAGAGCUGGAGGGUGGCUGUUUUUCUACCUGUUUCCUUGCACCUGGGGCUGAAAAGUGAGGAGAGAUGGACAGUGUCUCAGAGGAGACAGGAAUGACUGAAGCUUGGUGAAACCGUACACUGAUUGUUGUCUGCUGUCCUCUUCAUGCAGUGCUGUGGGCUGGUGCACCGACGGCGAGUACGGGUUUCCUAUGGUUCGGCGGACUCCUACACCAGCCGUCCAUCUGAUUCAGAUGUAUCUCUGGAAGAAGACAGGGAAGCAGUGCGGAGAGAGGCAGAGCGACAGGCCCAGGCACAGCUGGAAAAAGCAAAGACAAAACCUGUUGCAUUUGCAGUACGGACAAAUGUUGGGUACAGUGCAGCUCACGAUGACGAUGUCCCAGUCCCAGGCAUGGCCAUCUCAUUUGAGGCUAAAGAUUUUCUUCAUGUUAAAGAAAAAUUUAAUAAUGACUGGUGGAUAGGACGAUUGGUAAAAGAAGGCUGUGAAAUAGGAUUCAUACCAAGCCCAGUCAAACUAGAAAACAUGAGGCUGCAGCAUGAACAAAAGGCAAAACAAGGAAAAUUCUACUCCAGUAAAUCAGGAGGAAACUCUUCAUCCAGUUUGGGUGACAUCGUUCCCAGUUCCAGAAAAUCGACGCCUCCAUCAUCUGCUAUAGACAUAGAUGCCACUGGCUUAGAUGCAGAAGAAAAUGAUAUUCCAGCAAACCAUCGCUCCCCCAAACCCAGUGCAAACAGUGUCACAUCACCCCACUCCAAAGAGAAAAGAAUGCCCUUCUUUAAGAAGACAGAGCACAUCCCUCCCUACGAUGUAGUGCCUUCUAUGCGACCAGUAGUUUUAGUGGGGCCUUCUCUGAAGGGAUAUGAGGUAACAGAUAUGAUGCAAAAAGCGUUAUUUGAUUUUUUAAAACAUAGAUUUGAAGGACGUAUAUCAAUUACACGAGUCACAGCAGACAUCUCGCUUGCCAAACGCUCAGUAUUAAACAACCCCAGUAAGCAUGCGAUAAUAGAGCGAUCUAACACAAGAUCAAGCUUAGCUGAAGUUCAAAGUGAAAUUGAGCGGAUUUUUGAAUUAGCAAGGACACUGCAGUUGGUCGUGCUUGACGCUGAUACCAUUAACCACCCAGCUCAACUAAGCAAAACCUCUCUGGCUCCCAUUAUAGUAUACGUAAAGAUAUCUUCUCCUAAGGUUUUACAGAGGUUAAUAAAAUCUCGAGGGAAAUCUCAGGCCAAACACCUUAAUGUUCAGAUGGUGGCAGCUGAUAAACUGGCACAGUGUCCUCCCGAAAUGUUUGAUGUAAUUCUUGAUGAGAACCAGCUUGAAGAUGCUUGUGAGCACCUUGCUGACUAUCUGGAAGCCUACUGGAAGGCCACACAUCCACCUAGCAGCAAUCCUCCUAACCAGCUUCUCACUCGCACACUUGCAACAGCCACUCUUCCUAUUAGCCCAGGUUCAAAUAUUAAUUUACAGCAGGGAUCUCAAGGAGACCAGAGGAAUGACCAUUCAGUCCCUGAACGCAGCGGUUCACAAAUUGAAGAGGAAGCACGGGUUGAAUCCAUCAAGAAAUCCCAGCAUCGCUCUUCCUCGAGCCAACACCACAACCAUCGCAGUGGUGUUAGAGGCCUUUCUAGGCAAGAAACUUUUGACUCGGAAACACAAGACAGCAGAGAUUCGGCUUACGUGGAGCCACAGGAGGACUACUCACAUGAGCACGGUGACCACUAUGAUUCUCACAGGGAUCACAAUCACAGAGACGAGUCCCACGGGAGCAGUGAUCACAGACACAGAGAAUCAAGGCAUCGCUCAAAGGAGAGGGACCGCGAGCAGGACCACAAUGAAUGCAACAAACAGCGUAGUCGUCAUAAAUCAAGGGACCAAUAUUGCGACAAGGAUGGGGAAGUGAUAUCGAAAAAACGUAACGACGCAGGAGAAUGGAACAGGGAUGUUUACAUCCGUCAGUAACUUUUGCCUCUGGCAGUCUUGUGUUUCUUUGAAGUCUUGUAACAAUGCCCCUGAAAAUAUCUUUGGGUUCUUCAUUGCAGAACAUAUGGUAUCUUUCUGUAUGCUGAUUUGUAUUGCUGUUGCUUGCAUAGCAAUAGCAUGAAAUAGAAUAUUCAUAUACUUAUUUUUUGGUUAGUGCUAUAUGAAUUAGCGUAGUACGACCGCAGGGUUCCUGAUGUUGUACUAUGCCAUUUUUCAAGCUGUUUUUUGGUAGCUGCCACUUGAACAAUAUCUGUUGCCAUCAAGGUGUUGUUAGUAUUUUUUAAAAAAAGGUACAUUUGAUGUUUAAUAACUUCCCGUGUAUUCAGCAAGCCAGAAUCAGCACAUAAAAAAUCUAAACCUUUU